AUGCAGCUCCUCACUCCUCCCACCCCUACUGGGACAAAGACUCAAAUGGAUGCUAGAAAGCCAAAGAAAUGCAGUGUGACUUCCUUCCCAAUUUUGAAAACAAGCAAGAAACAAAAUUUCACUUCGAUGAAGGUUGAGAAUAAACCUUUGGUUCAAGCCCAGAAGCCACUUCCCAAGACUAAGCAUCUCAGAAUGACCCGAUUUUUGCAGAAGAAUACAAACUCCAGUGUUUCCUCGUUCCCUUUCGCGGACACUACAGGGAAGAAAAACACAGUUAACUUGCCAUGCAUCAGUAGUAAAAUCCUCCCAAAGCCACCCGUGCUGUACAAGGACAAUCGAAUUCACAGUCGGGUGCUGAGCUCCGAGCUCAAGGCUGCAGAACUACUUUUCCACUCUGGCACUAAAAAACCAGAUCCCAAGCCAGAAGAGAAAUCUCCCAGGAAGCACAAGGUCCCGCUGACAGCCUCAGAGGCUCUCAAGUUUUUCAAGAACCAGCUCUCUGCUUAUGAGCAAAGUGAAAUCCUGGGUUACACAGAGCUGUGGUUCCUGGGCCUGGAAGCGAAGAAGCUGAAUGUGCCAUCGGAGAAUUUUGGCGCAUCCAGUUUCGACGAUGAACACGGCUCCUAUAUGAAGGUCCUACACGACCACAUUGCCUAUCGCUACGAGGUUCUGGAGAUGAUCGGGAAAGGGUCCUUCGGGCAGGUGGCCAAGUGCCUGGAUCACAAAAACAACGAGUUCGUGGCCCUGAAGAUCAUCAGGAACAAGAAGAGGUUCCAUCACCAGGCCCUGGUGGAGCUGAAGAUCUUAGAAGCCCUCCGCAGAAAGGACAAAGACAACAGUCACAACGUGGUCCACAUGAAGGAGUUCUUCUACUUCCGCAACCACCUCUGCAUCACCUUCGAACUCCUGGGAAUCAACUUGUACGAGUUGAUGAAGAACAACAGCUUCCAAGGCUUCAGUCUGUCCAUAGUGCGCCGCUUCACCCUCUCGGUUCUCAAGUGUUUGCAGAUGCUCUACGUAGAGAAGAUCAUCCACUGUGAUCUCAAGCCCGAAAAUAUAGUGCUGUAUCAGAAGGGUCAGGUCUCUGUCAAAGUGAUUGACUUUGGAUCAAGCUGUUAUGAACACCAGAAAGUGUACACCUACAUCCAAAGCCGUUUCUACCGGUCCCCCGAGGUGAUCCUGGGUCACCCCUACAACACGGCCAUUGACAUGUGGAGCCUGGGUUGCAUCAUGGCCGAGCUGUACACGGGCUACCCGCUGUUCCCGGGGGAGAACGAGACGGAGCAGCUGGCCUGCAUCAUGGAGGUGCUUGGCCUGCCGCCCCCCCACUUUGUGCAGACGGCUUCCAGGAGACAGACGUUCUUUGAUUCCAAAGGUUUUCCUAAAAAUAUAACCAACAACAGGGGGAAAAAAAGGUACCCGGAUUCCAAGGACCUGACCAUGGUGCUGAAAACCUGCGACUCCAGUUUCCUGGACUUUGUCAAGAGAUGUCUGGUAUGGGAACCCUCCCUCCGCAUGACCCCAGACCAGGCCCUCAAGCACGCCUGGAUCCACGAGCCCCGGAAGCUGAAGCUGCAGCCCAGGCUCCAGAACCUGAGGAAACCGGGGCUCUUCUCUCCUCCCGACACGGGCAACCACCGGGCGACCGACCACUUGGGCAGAAGCAGAAAAGCCUGCAAGCCUGGCUGUCCAGAGGUAACCACACGCACCUCUCUCUGCCCUCCUCCAGCAGGUGAGAUCAUCAAGGAGGUCCCAGACAAGUUCAAGGAUGGCACCAAACUAGCCCAGAGUUCCGGUGACCAGCAGGGCGCUGUCCAGCACCCAGCCGACAAGGUCCAGCUACCGCAUCUGACCGAAGCUUCUGGAAAGCCAGAGGCUGUGACUGGGCCUGAGAUUUCCAUCACCUCCACAGAAGAACCGGGCAAAACGUCCUCCCCCCCGAACACAAAUCUUUUACCGCCUCUUGUAUGACCCUGGCCCCGGGUGACAGUGUUCCUUUCCACCAGUGACUGGAUUAGAGGCAGCGCUUGUAGUGUACAAUAUUUCACAUUGUUGUUGUUUUUAACACAUAAAGGUUUAUUUACAAAAAGAAAAAUGGCCAGCUAAUGUGGGAUGGGGGUAGACGUCCACGGAUCUGAACUGUGUGUGCACGGACGUACUGUGUGCGCGCACACGUGUGUGUGUAUAGGAGGUAGUUUGAAAUAUAUACUGUUGUAGGAAUUCUAAAUAAAAGCAUCUUAUUUUUUU